AUGGCGGCCGGAGCAAUUCUCAAAACGACCUUUGCGGUCACAUCGAUCGCAAUUCUAAUUUUCAUCGGAACCGGACUAUUCUACAUGUUAACCGGACAAGGACAUCGUUUCGAUAUCGCCUGGUUCUUGACAUCAACAUCUCCACACAUGUGGGCUGGUCUCGGAAUCGGAGCCUCGUUGUCGCUCUCGGUUUUGGGAGCCGGUUGGGGAAUUUUCACCACCGGAUCAUCUAUUCUUGGUGGUGGUGUUAAAGCGCCACGAAUUCGAACCAAGAAUUUGGUUUCGAUUAUUUUCUGUGAAGCUGUUGCUAUUUUCGGAAUUAUUAUGGCUUUCGUUUUUGUUGGAAAAUUCAGUGUGAGUUUUUUUUUCUUUGAAACAUUCAAAAAAUAUUCUAAUGGAAUCCUGAAAUUCUGAAGAGUUAGAAAAAAAAAACAUUCAAAAGUCCAGAAAAAUGUUCAUAUUCUGAACUCACUUUUUGAACCCAGAUUCAUGAAAGCUGAAAAUUGAUCAUAUUCAAAAAAAAAUCAAUAAUUUUUGUGUACCAUUUUCAUAAACCCGAUACCUGAAUGUAGGGUACUCUAACUUAAUUAGUAAAUUAAUUUUAAAAAUAAUUUCACCUGUUUUAAUUUUAUAUUAAGCCAAACGUGAACUCUUCUACGUGGCAUUUUGAAAUUUCAAUUUCUAAAAAUUCAAAAUCUCCUAAGAUCCAAUCUUUCAGGAAUUCCGUCGUGAAGAUCUCGAUCUCGACAACCCAGAUCAAUACGCAAUUUUGGCCCGAAACUUGGCUGCUGGAUACAUGAUCUUCGGUGGUGGUUUGACUGUCGGUUUGUCCAAUUUGGUAUGUGGUUUGGCUGUCGGAAUUGUUGGAAGUGGAGCCGCCAUCGCUGAUGCUGCCAAUCCAUCGCUUUUCGUCAAAAUUUUGAUUAUCGAAAUUUUCGCCUCAGCCAUCGGACUUUUUGGAAUGAUCAUUGGUAUUGUUCAAACAAAUAAAGCUAAUAUGGGAAAUAAGUAA